AUGUCCCCAUUUCUGAAUACCGAUAAAGCCAACCCAGACGCAGACCUGGGCCUUGCUGAACGCCUUCAUCAGCAGGCCGAGGUCUGUGGCUCGACCGUGGCCGUUGAACAUGGCCGGUAUCAACUCACCUAUGCCGAACUCGAUCGAAAGGCACUUUUCCUGGGUGACCAGAUCAACAGCCUCAGCCAGGGAGAAUCGGCCCCGGUUGGGAUCAUCGCCCCUCGCAGCCUGGACCAUGUUGUGUCACAGGUCGCCGUGAUAUACUCCGGCCGGGCGUGUGUUCCGCUGGAUAACAGACUCCCCGACGAGAUGUUGACUCGGAUGCUGCAAAAGCUCGGAACCAGCCUCGUCGUCACGGAUGUCAGACAGCAGCACCGGCUGCCGUCACUCCGGCACCUCGUCGUCGACCACCGGAUGAUUCCAGAUCCAGAGUCGGUCCUCUCCCCUUCUCGGAACGGGCCACGCGCGCGUUCCUUUGUGUUCCACACCUCCGGGACGACCGGCGAGCCCAAAGCGGUGGAGGGCUUCGCAGAGGGGGUCAUCAGCCUCUGCCUCGACCCCAGGCAGGUGAUCCGGAAAGGGCAGCGGGUGGGCCAUGCAUGCAAUAUCAUCUUCGAUGUGUGCGUCCUCGAUAUCUGGGGAUCGUUGCUGAACGGAGCGACGAUGGUGGUCAUCCCGAUGGACGUCGUGCUCGACCCAACUGCCCUGGGUUCCUUCAUCACCGAGAAGGAGCUCAACCUCCUGCAGCUUCCAACCUCCAUCCUCGCCAUCAUGGCUCACGCCUGCCCGGGCGCGCUCUCCACUCUGGAUGUACUGGUCACGGGUGGCGAAGCGAUCAACUGCCGGUCGAUUCAGUCCAUCUUCGAUGCGGGGGCCCCGGGGCGUAUCAUCAAUGCGUACGGCCCGACGGAAGCCAGCGUCUAUAUGAUGUACCACGAGGUCUCGGAGGAGGACGCCCGGAAGGGCGAAAUCCCCGUCGGUCGGCCCUUUGACUACGUGGAUGUGUUCCUCGUCGAUGACAACCUGAGCCCUGUCCAGCCUGGCGAGGCUGGCGAGCUCCUGAUAUCCGGUGUCUGCGUGGCCGGAGGCUACAUCGGGGAGCCAGAGAAGACAGCCCAGAGCUUCGUCAAGGUGCCCCAGCUGGGUCGGAAGACGCCCAUGUAUCGCACGGGAGAUCUGAUGCGCGUGGACGAGGCGGGCCUUUACCACUUCCUCGGACGGAAGGACAACCAGAUCAAAGUCCGCGGGCAACGGGUCGAGCUCGAGGCCCUGGAGUCCACGCUGCUCAAGACCAGCCUCGUCAGUGCUGCCGUGGUCGUCAAGAUCAAACCGGAAGAAUUCGAUCGAGGCGAGUUCCUGCUGGCCUACUGCGUGCCGUCCUCUCCCGAUAUCUCCGCAGGGGUCAUCCUGAAGUCGUACAUGGAGCAGGCGCCUCACCUGAUGGUGCCUCGCCUGGAGCUGAUCGACGUGCUGCCCCUCCAGCCCACGGGCAAGGCCGAUCGAAAGACGCUGGAGCAACGGUAUCGCGAGCGACUCAAGCGGUCGCAGCCGAAGGGUGACCAGGCGGACGAGGCCCCCCCAUUCCAGGGCAACGGCGCGGACGAGCCAGGCGACGUCGCCUCCCGACUCGAGCGCAUCUGGAUCACGGCCUUCGGCCUCCCCGUCGACCAUCUGAAGGCGAAGGACGACUUCGUCGCCAUGGGGGGGACUUCCCUGAUGGCGGCCACGAUGAUCCCCCGCAUCCACGAGGCCUUCGGCGUCUCCCUGCGAUCGCAGCAGCUGUACGAGAACACCAGCUUCGACCAGCUCACGCAUCUGGUGACUGAUCUCCAGGCGAACGGCGACGACCGGGCCAUCCAGGAAGAGCAGCAGGCGUGGCUGCAAGACUCCACCCUGGGGCAGCAUCUGCGGCCGAUCGAGGGCACCGUCCCGAACUGGCCGGACGAGGGACGCAUCUUCCUGACCGGCGCGACCGGCUUCGUGGGGAUCUUCCUCCUGGCGGCCCUGGCUCGCCGCUCAGAUGUCGAGAAGGUGGCCUGUCUGGUGCGCGCGGAGGACGAGCCCUCGGCGCGACGUCGUCUGGAGGAAGCCCUGCACAAGUACAGCCUCUCUGCCGACAUGGCCAAGGUGAUCGCGCUGCCGGGCCACCUCGACCAGGCCCAGCUGGGCCUGUCCCCCGAGGAGUAUGACGCGUAUGCCGAGUGGUCCAGCGUGGUGUUCCAUCUGGGAGCCAAGGUCAGCUACGUCGCCCCGUAUGCCUCGCACCGACAGCCCAACGUGCUGGGCACCGUCCACAUCCUGGACUUCUGCACCCACCGGCGCCCCAAGGCCCUGCACUACUCGUCGACCAUCACCUCGUACGGGCCGACCGGGUACGUCACGGGCGCGAAGCUGCUGCCGGAGGACGAGCGUCCGGCGGCGCAUGUCGCGGCGUUGCCCUACGACAUGGGCUACUCGCAGAGCCAGUACGUGGCGGAGGGCCUCGUCUGGGCCGCCAUCGACCAGGGCCUCCCCAUCGCAAUCUACCGGCCGGGGUUCGUGCUGGGCGAGUCGGGCAUCUGCAACCCGGACGACUUCAUCUCGCGGCUGUUCAUGACCUGCAUGGACAUGGGCCUGUAUCCGAUUCUCCCCGGGCAGCGGAAGGAGUUCGUGCCGGUGGACUUCGUCGUGGACGCGAUGCUGCACAUCUCCACGAAGCUGAGCAGCCUGGGCCACGCCUACAACCUGGUCCACCCGCAUCUGGACGACGCCAUCAGCACGAACGGCAGCUUCGAGCUGCUGAACGAGCUGUCUCCCUACCAGAUGCGCGCCAUCCCGUACGACCAAUGGGUGGACGCGCUGUCGGGGCGCGUGGGCGACUCCAUGCAGCCGCUGACGCCGAUGUUGCGCGAACGGGUGUUUGACCAGAAGACACGCUGGGAGGUGUGGGAGCACAUGCCCGAGUAUGGCCGGGAUAACAUGCGACGGGCGCUGCAGGAUGCGCCGGAGGUGUUGAACUGUCGGGCCAUCGAGACGGUGUUUCAGCGGUCGUUGCAGAGUUGGAUGCCCUGCUGUGGGCGGAAGUCGGUUCCAAACUGA